AAGAGGAGAGAAUGGGCAGCGUGGGUGGGCUCUCUGAUUGACGUCUCUCACAGCCAAUCCAAAUAUUUCUGGAGUAACAUGAGUUUCCUGAAGCUUGGGAAACUGACCGGUGAAACGGAGGCAACUUUGAGCAGCAGAUCAGGUGGGAUUUAAACUUGUCAUUGUCGCAUCUGAAUAAAACCUCACUUAUUGCAGCUGCUGUCUCAGUUCCCCCGGUAAACAUUUGACAGGUUUCUGGUGUGAGAAUAACAUUCUUCAUCCUCGGAGACUUUCAAACUGACAACAUCAGUGUGGGAUGUGUAGCCUCGGAUGUGUUUGACAGCAGAUCAGAAGAGGAAGACCCACAGCAUCCAAGGCAGCGAUGACGUGCAGUGGUGGGAUCAGUGCAUUCACAGUCCCUACAGGAAGUGAACCAGUUGUGGAAGAGGAAGAGGAGAGAAUGAGCAGAGUGGGUGGGCUCUCUGAUUGACAUCUCUCACAGCCAAUCCAAAUAUUUCUGGAGUAACAUGAGUUUCCGGAAGCUUGGGAAACUGACCGGUGAAAUGGAGGUGACUUUGAGCAGCAGAUCAGGCACGCAGCCAACUCCAGCACGCGCCUGCCAAAUGAAAUAUCACAAGGCUGCACAAUGAAGUCGGGAUGCACACCUGAUGUCAUCGUGCGUCAUUUUACGCUUGGCACACACCCACACACCAAGCAAGAUGGCAGUGCAGGAGAUUGUGCAGAGGACGAGAAGUCAGAAUUUCUCGGAUGAGGAAAAGAACAUUCUCCUCACUGAGGUGGAAGCGAGACAGAACUGCAUCCUAGGAGGUGGAAAGGUGAAACCGCCAAAGAAAGUGCAGUCCAUUGCCUGGAAGGAAGUAGCAACUGUAGUCAGCACGAAUAGCACAGUGCGACGGACGGUGGAUCAACGCAGGAAGAAACUUCAUGAUUUGGUGUGUGCUGCCGGGAUAGAGGUGUCUAUGGACGCAUCAGAUGGUGAUGGAGAAGAGUUGGCAGCAGCAUCUGAGAUUCCUGAAAGGGGCGAUGAGGAAGGGAUUGUGAUGAAUAUCUCACAGCAAUGUGGAACAGCAGCUGCAGCAGAGGAGGGAGAGGAGUGUCAGGAGAGUAAGAUGUCUGAGUUGGAGGAUAGUGUUGGUGACACUGCAAUAGUAAAGGUAAAUGAUCUGGUUUGUGAGGAGGGGGAGGCCUGUGAUGUUAUGGCUGCUGUGGUGGAGGGAGGGCUCUCAGAAUCUUCAGGAGUGGGGAACCUGCGGCUUUGGGAGAAGGAGCUCUGCCAUCUCCACGAGCACACGGACAUCAAGCCCAUGCUGGUGGUGAAGAAAAGGAAGAUGAUCCGAAGCAUCUUGAGCACUUAUAUCAGAAACAGGUUCAAAGUACUAAGAGUUUUCAGGCCACUUCUAACUUGCUUCAACAAACUUUGACUGAAUUUAAAACAGAUGUUAGCCAGAAUCUGCAAAGGAACAAUGAGAUUCUUCAGCAGCAAAAUGAGCUUCUUUGUCAGCUUCUGCAAAGAAGCAAUGAGACUUUGAAUGAAAUGAGGCAGAUUCUGGCUCAGAUUGUAGUGCCUGCACUUUCUGGCCAGCAGCAGCCCAGUGUGGAGACAUCUGCUGCUGGGCAUGUCUCUGGCACGAAAGAGGUCACGCACCAGGAACGGAGGAGAUGCGGAAGGAAUUAGGAUCCCUCCCUCCAAUACUAACUUCUCGACCUCAAUGUCCUCCCUCCUUUUUUAUUGUGAGUGUAAGAAAUUGGGGUCUUCAAUAAACAGGUAUUUUCUUUAUAGUAUAGAACUUUUGAGAUUAGCUGAACAGCAUUGAUUCUCUUUCUGGAAAGAAAAUUUCUAAACACUUUGUUCUAAACAGUCCCUGGAAAUGGCAAGGUCACUUGGUUCAGGCUGCCAUGUUGACAUUCCUAAAUUAGCAUCUUGUGUAACCCCUUAUCUAUACAAAUGUUUAGAAAGGGCCAGGAAAUGACCCUCAGCAGGAUGUAAACUACAAAGCUGACCUUGAGCAGGGUGACAAACAGGGCAGGUGGUAACCAUCCUGACAGUUUGGAUACCGACCUGUUUCCAUUGGUCAGAAGUGUUUGAAUAGAAGAUUGACACUGGGUAAGCUACCCGAUCCCAGAAAAGGGUAUAUUAACAACUGCUCAGAGACAGGAGGCAGUGUGGGGCUGGAGAAGUGGCAGUGCUCAUCAAGAAGUCGUCGACUUCAAAUGGAAGAGGAAGAAGAAGAGGAGGAGGAGGAAGACUGAAGGAAGAGUUUCCCAACACUUCGACUAGAGAGCAGGAUACUGGUAUCACAAGCUACUGCGAUCAACCCAGUCUGUUCGUCCUUUGGGAUCAGUAAACUGCCCUCAGCUGUUACAGGUCUAUACUUUUUUCUGUCUAAUUAGUCAAUACAUCAUAUCUAAACUGUUGCUUCUUAAUAAACUUAAAAUUGC